AUGCCUAAAGCUAAGAGACCACUGUCGACUACAGGCAAGGAGGUGAAGAGGGCAAGGAGAGUAAAGACAGAGGAAACAGCAGUCGAAGAGAAACAGAAACAGGAAGUCAAAACCAUCGAAGAAAGAGACGAAGAAUCAGCAAAGCAUGUAAUCAAAUCAGGAGACCAGAAAUUCAAAGCAUACUCUUCCUUUGUAGAGGAAUCUCCCUUCCCCGGGUUCAAACAUCCAACGCCAAGAGAGUGUGAAGUGGCAAAUGAAGUACUACAGGAAAUGCACGGAGAAGAAGUAGCGAAAGAAUUCGAAGAUGAAAAUACACCAGAGACAAUUCCACACGUAUUGGAUGCAAUGAUCGUUGCAAUAUUAAGUCAAGCAACGAGUUGGAGUAACGCCAAAAGAGCAAUGAAUUCAAUGAAAAAAGUGUAUGGCUCUAUAUUCGCUUACGAGAAGAUCAUGGAAGGCGGUAAGGAUAAAUUACAGGAGACCAUUCGAUGCGGUGGACUGCAUGUCAGAAAAUCGAUGAUCAUUAUGACGAUUCUGAAACAGGCAAAGGAGCGUCACGGCAAAUGGGAUCUUGAUCAUAUGUUCGAACUGACUGAUGAGGAAGCGAUGAAGGAAUUGCUGGCUUUCUCGUAUAUUGGUCCUAAAUCCGCUUCGGUCGUCAUGGGUUGGUGUCUCAAACGCAAUCCUUUCACCGUCGACACCCACGUCUAUCGCAUCGCCGGACUAUGGGGCUGGCGUCCUUCGACUGCGACCCGUGAGAAGACGCAAUCUCAUCUUGAACUGAUGAUUCCCGCUAGAUAUAAAUUCAGUCUUCACUUUCUUUUGAUUCAGCAUGGCCGAUCGUGUCCUGCCUGUAUUGGAGGAAGCAAAGGCGGAAAGAAAUGUACCGCUGCUGCCAAGAUGAAGGCACUUCUGAAAUGA